GGCUGCGGCUCCUCCUCCCGCCGAAGGGCCGGCCGAGCACGGGGCGAAAGAUGGCGGCUCCCAGCGGCGGCGGCGACCCCUUCGCCUUCUGCCUGGAGGCGCCCCCCGGCCAAGCCCGCCGCGCCCUGGAGCUCCGCCUGACCGGCAGCGCCAAGGGCAAAGGACUUUUUGCCACCCGAAACAUCCGGAAAGGAGACACGAUUUUCAUGGAAAAGCCAGUGGUGUCGGCUCAGUUUCUUUGGAACGCGUUGUAUAAAUACAGAGCCUGUGACCACUGCUUACGAGCCCUGGAAGUCGCCGAGGAAAAUGCUCAGAGGUUGCUGGGAAGAUUUCAACUCCUUCCUCACCCGGAGAAAUGCAGCAUUCGAAAAGACCUCCAUCAGUGCUGUCCCAACUGCCAGGUGACCUACUGCAGCGCCGAGUGCCGUCAGGCCGCCUGGGAUCAGUACCACCAGGUUCUGUGCCUGGGACCCUCCAAACAGGACCCCGACCACCCUCUCAACAAACUGCAGGAAGCUUGGAGGAACAUCCACUACCCACCGGAGACUUCGAGCAUAAUGUUGAUGGCCAGGAUGGUGGCAACCGUCAAGCAGGCGAAAGACAAAGAGCGGUGGAUCAGACUUUUUUCUCAGUUCUGCAAUAAAACCGCCAACGAGGAGGAAGAGAUCAUUCACAAGUUGCUGGGAGACAAAUUUAAGGGCCAGCUGGAAGUCCUGCGAAUGCUUUUCACGGAAGCCCUUUAUGAUGAUCAUCUCAGCAAGUGGUUUUCUCCCGAAGGCUUCCGGUCUUUGUUCGCCCUGGUUGGGACCAACGGACAAGGCAUAGGGACGAGUUCUCUGAGCCAGUGGGUCCGUGCCUGCGAUGCUCUGGAGCUCCCCACUCAAGAACGGGAGCAGCUGGACGCUUUCAUCGAUCAGCUGUACAAGGACAUCGAGAAAGAGACAGGGGACUUCCUGAACUGCGAGGGCUCUGGCCUCUACGUGCUCCAGAGUUGCUGCAACCACAGCUGUCUUCCCAACGCCGAGGCCUCCUUCCCGGAUAACAACUUUGUCCUGCAUUUGACGGCAGUGGAAGAUAUCCACCAGGGAGAGGAGAUCUGCAUCAGCUACCUAGACUGUUGCCAGAGAGAACGGAGCCGGCAUAGCCGGUGCAAAAUCCUACAGGAAAACUACUUGUUCAUCUGCUCCUGCCCCAAGUGCCUGGCUCAAGCCGAGGAUCCCGACGUAACCUCGGAAGAGGAAGAGGAAGAGGAAGAAGAACCCGAAGGGGAGGCAGACGGAGCCGAACUGGAAGACGAUAUGACCGAAGUUUGAUCUGGGCUCUCCAGGAUGGGGGGGCGGCGAAGGGGGUGGGCGGGGGACACACCUCUAGAGCCCUUAGGCUGUGGUGGGAACAGCAUCCUGGUCCGAGACGACGGCGGUUUGGGAGGACGUGGGUUGGGGGGGGGGAUAUGUGGUGGCCAGGGAGGGACCCAAAGCAACCUCCGGAUUCAUUCUCAUGACCCACACGGUGCCCAGCAAGGAGUAAACGGGCGUAGGGGCCCCCCUGGCCUCCCCCUCAACCUGGUGGGGAGCAGAAAGACCUGGGGGUCCAUUUCCAACAGACCGGCAUUCACCAAACCCUCUGGCGCCCUAACCGGGUUUGCAUCUAGCCGGUGAGACAGUAUUUGCCUUAAGGACGUGAGAAUCCAAUCCCGGCUCCGAAUCUGCAGCACUUGGCCCUUUCCCAGGGAAGAGAAGCAGAGAAACCUGGUUUUGUGUCCAGCUGGUCCUCGACUUACGACCACCGUUGACCCCCCCCCCACCCCCUAAAUUUCUGUCGUUCAGCGACCCUUCUUGCCUCGCUCCGUUCGUAAGUGAAUCGCUGCCAUUGAUAAAAUCAGCCUCCCGGGGUUGUUAAGCAAAUCCGACUUCCCCCCUUGUCAGACGGUCGCAAAACGGGACAUAGCAAUGGGUCAUAAGCGCAAAACGCGGUCUUAAAAGUCAAUUUUCAGGGCCACGGUCACUUCAGUCACUAAACGAAGUGGUCGUAAGUCGAAGAUGACCUAUUAUCUCUCCUCUCUCUGCUCUACCGGUGGUCUCCAGCUAUGCAAAACAGCUUCUGCCUGUAAAUAUCGGAGGUGCAUUUCAAGAGAAUAGCUGGGCUGAGUGUUUUGGGGGAGACCUACAGGCCUGGCCCCCAAAAUCCCACAGGGCCCACACGCCUCACUCCCCACAAGCAGGCUGGGUUGACUCUGGGCAUUGGUUCUAGACCCACAACCUCCAAAAUCCAGACUCCGAACCCAGUACCCGAGUUUGCUUGGCCUGCUGCGACGUGUUCGGCCUUCCUCCAUUUCCCAACCGUCCAUUUCAGUCCAUAUUGACUGUCAUUAAUCCUUGUUUUAGUCUUGUCUGCUGUCCUGACCCGGGAUAUGAUGGUUCGCUGUUUGAAGGCCCUUUUUUGUCCGUUCACGUUCCUUCCGACGAAUUUUGUAAUUCUAUGCAAAUCUCUCCGCCUCCUUCAAUACACAAAAGAUUUGCUUCGG